UCGACCCGUCAGCCGUAUCCCGCGUUACCGGUUGUGAUCCGUUGUGCUACAGCGUGUGAUGUUGUGAGAAUGGAGGAGGAGUCGAUGUCGGGACACAGUUGUUCGGAGGACGAUAUUAGUGUGGGUCGGCCGUCGCCGGCGCCUUCGCGGUCGCCGUCGCCGCACGACUAUUUCAGGCCGCUGAAGCGUUUGAAGAUGUCCGAGCCUGCUGAGGAGCGUCGCGGGGAGGGAGUGAAGAGUUUCAGUAUUUUGGACAUUUUGUCGCACAGCCCGCGGACGCCGGCGCGGAUAGUGCGGCCGUGGGACGGGGCGGCGGCAGGGUUGGAGCGGUUGCAGCGGUUGCAGCGGCUGGCCGGGGCGGCGUUGCUGGACGGGGAGAGAUGGCGACUGGCGGCGCUGGGGCUGCUGCGGCCGCGCGACGCGACGGAGUGCGACUCGGCGUCGGAGCGGUCGUCGUCGGCGUCGGACUGCUGCUCGGAGCCGCGGCGGCCGCACGCGCAGACCGCGCCGCACACGCCGCUCGACGCGCUCUUCCACAUGACCAGCAAGACCUUUGAGGCCAACAACCCUGAUAAUGGAGAUGGUCAGUCAAAUCACCUGAACCUGUUCAACUCGCGGCCACAGCCGAAGAAGAAACGAAAAUCCCGAACUGCCUUCACGAACCACCAGAUCUUCGAGCUGGAGAAACGGUUCCUCUACCAAAAGUACCUCUCGCCUGCAGACAGGGACGAGAUAGCCAGCUCGCUCGGUCUCUCCAACGCACAAGUCAUCACAUGGUUCCAAAACAGACGAGCAAAGCUGAAGAGAGAUAUGGAGGAAUUAAAGAAAGACGUGGAAAGUGCUAAAGUACUAUCAGCGCAUAAGAGUUUCCUAGAAAAUGUCACAGAUUUAGGCAUUCUGAAGAAGAAAGCUAUGAGCAUAGGGGCGAGCGAGGAGGCAGCUACUAACCUGGUAGUGAACGCGUCUAAAUGAAACGAGGCAUCGCGCGCGAUCGCACAGGAAGCGUUGUACGAUCGGCGCGCGCUCGAUUUUUAAAAAUCGAAUUUUCGAGUCGAACGAACUCUAUGGUGAAUUACUUUUAAAUCUGACUUUUUAAUAGUGACGUUUGAUGUAUCUCCACUAAUGGUUAGUAUGGCGUAAAGUACUUCACUCUCUCUAGUGUUAGCUGUACAUAGAAACUGAUAGGUGUAGUUGUAACUGUACAAAAACUUAUGAAGAAGCUUCGUUGGAAAUUUAAAUGUGAUAGUUGAUUUUAUUAUUUAAGUACUUAAUAAUUUUAUAGAGAUAUUCCUAAAUUAUUUAUUGCUGAGUUUAUAUCGACUGGUGCAUGGAUAGCAAUCUCGAAAUUUUAUGCUGAAUUAAUUUAUUUCAUGUAUUUUUGUAUUUAUUAAACCAGUACGUGCAAUAUGGAUUAUGUUUCAAAACUUCUGUGCGCCAGUGAUGUAAUAACUCUGAAUCUAAAAUAACUGUAAAUAAAUAGGUAAAUGUGUAGUCUAAGAUUGAAUUCUAAGUACCUUCGUGUAAGAUCUUUCCAGCAAAUUGUGUCUAGAUAAAUUAGUAGACUAAUUACUAAUUCGUAAUGUUGACUUUGUCACUCAUUAAAGAAAGGAUUCCUGGACGGGGAAUUCUGUACAUUGACCCGCCUAUUUCUAUCUUUAUCACACGUGCAUAAGUUAUAUUGCUAUUAUGCUGCUUACACUGUGUCAUUGACUGAUUUCAUCAUGAGGGAACAGCAAUAAUAUACCACGCGAGCGAUAGAGAUAGGGACAGAUAGGUCAAUGCACGGAAUUCUUUUUGGUAACUCUCUUUACCAUUAUUGUGACAUUAUUACCAGACGGUAUUAUAAAUAAAUACAAUAUGUUAUGUAUUUUUCAUAAAAAUAAUUAAUUAAAAUGAUUUACGGUGAAAGUAAAUCUGCACGUGGACUAGAAUGUUGUAUGUAAUAUAUAAAUAAUUAUUGAAUUUUAUUACCGUUAAAAUAAAAUAGAUUGAGUGAGUCCACGAAAAAUAAGUAGGAUCUAAACGAAAAGCCUACAUGUUAACUCAUAACUAAUUUGAAUUUAAUACAAAGAAAUAUAUACCUAAGUAAAUAAUUAAAAUUUGAUACAUUUUAUUCAUAUUUUAAGUACCCAGCAAGAAAGAAAGAAAAUGUCCUGUUAUGUAAAAUUGGAAAUAUUGAUCGUGGACUCGCUUAUUUCGUCUUAGCGCCAUAAAAUACUCUUUCAAGAAAAAAAAAACAUUCAGUCGAAUUGAGAACCUCCUCCUUUUUUGAAGUCGGUUAAAAACGACAUUUAUUCAAAUUAUAUAUAAUAAUAAUAUAUAUUUGGCUAACUGUGCAAUUUUAUUAUCGAAAAUAUUGUAUAAGAUUUUAAGAAAAAAAUGUCAACAUUCAAUUUAAUUGGUAUAAGUUCAAUAAAUUAUAAUUUUCUUUGUGCCAACUAUAAUUGUCAUCUCAUCAGUUUUACUUUAAAUGUUACUUUAUUGCGUUUUUAUUGCAUUUUAGAAACUUUUAUCUGCUGUUAAUAUAAAAUAGAAUGAAGACAAGGACAAACUGAACCCUUAAAUUGAGUGUCGGACUCGCGUGACGUUAAAAACUUAGAAAAUAAAUUUUAGACUUCACAUAGUUCAAGCGUAUUGUAGAUAUACAUAUUACUGCGUACAUGGACUCAGUUUGACCAAGCCGUCUUUUACAAACCAAAAUAGCUUGAAAGAGUAUGGCUGUAUAUAGACCUCUCGUUCCUACCGCAGCAAUGCGAUUUUAUACUUAUGUAGUGGCCUUGCGCCUUCGGUACUGUGCAUAUAAGCUGGUGUAAAUAAACAAUUAUGUGUUA